ACAUGCCUGCAGGCUGUUUGUUUCUCUUUCCCCUCCCCCUUUGUCUCUUCACAGGUAUUAGGGAAAGCUGGUGUCAAUCUCCCUUGAUUGAUCCUCAUCAACCAUGGGCCAAUCAGCAUCCAGGGAGGCCUUAUUUAAGCAGCCCAGCUGGGGAGAGCGAGGCAACUGACUUUGUUACCUGACGCAUGUCUUGUUGCUCUUUGUAUGAAGGUUUGUGGUGGGAGUUAGAGGGUGAGGUAAGUUUGGGGUACCCUGUACAAUUCAUCACGUAGGUGUUUGUUCUGUUAGAUACACUAGGUAAGUAGGUGGGUGCCGCCCAUGUAAAGUUUUGGUGGAAACUUUUGUUAGAUUAGAUAGGCAGGGUUUUUGUUUUCUUUUGUUUCUCUAGCACAGACGGAAGUUAGGCCCUGUUUUGUUUUAUUAUUUUCUUUGAUUUGGCACCACCUAACCACCCCUUUCUCCCCCACAGUUUGUGUGAGCCUUCUGGGAUUUUCAUUAUCAAUAAAUCCCUCCUUUUUUACAACAUUCACUUGGAUUCUGUCAAUUUGUUGUGGCUGUCGUGUUACUGCCCUCCUCACAAAAAGGGGGGGCCGUAACACAAGUGGGGGCUCGUCCGGGAUCUCCAUUUUCCCUGAGCUGUAGACAUCCAUAAUAAGUUGAGAGAUCCUUGUGUCUGUUUAGAAAUGAGUUUCAGCUUAGAGGAUUUUGUACAGGCUCCUAGCCAUGAACAGCUGGAAUUGUGUCGUAAGGACGACUUGUUAUGUCUGGCUGAGCAUUUUGACAUUUCAGUGAAAAAACACUUUUCAAAAGCUGAAAUUAAGAACAUUGUUGUUCAAAAGCUGGUUGAGAUUAAAGUCCUAGGGGACCCAAGCAAAAUGGAUGUAGAUGUUUGUGAUGUUCCUUCUGUUGAUUUAGGACGCCCUCCUUCAAAAGAUGAAGGAGUUGCUGUACUGGCAACGCCACCAAGGGGGUUGGCAGAGCCCCAGGCGCCCCCUGCGACUUUACCACGGUUCGAUCCAGUGUCGCCAGAGCUCAGUGGCUCCGGUGGUAAUGUCAGACUCAAGGUUCGGCUGGCUCGCCUACAGCUGGAGGCACAGGAGAGGGAGUUGAUAAGAAAAGCUGAGUUUGAUUUCAAACUUGAAAUGCGCAAGUUGGAAAUUGAAGCUGAAAAGGAGAUUAAGCUGAAACAGCUAGAGGUGGAAGCGAUGAGACUUUCACAUGGCACCUCGCCUCCUCGUUCAUCUGUGUACUCUGAUUCUCCACAGGUGGUGUCGGACAAACACAAGUUUGAUGUCAGCAAGAAUAUUGCUUUGGUGCCUGUGUUUAGGGAGUCAGAAGUGGACUCUUACUUCAGUGCAUUUGAGAGGAUUGCUGUGGCACUGGAGUGGCCAAAGGAGAUGUGGGCUGUUCUAAUGCAGUGCAAGCUCAUAGGUAAAGCACAGGAAGUUGUGUCAUCACUGUCAACAGAGGAGGGCAUGAAGUAUGAGGUACUGAAAAAGUCAAUCUUGCGUGCUUAUGAACUUGUACCUGAAGCUUACAGGCAAAAAUUCAGGAACCAUAAGAGGUCUAGUGGCCAGACCUAUGUGGAGUUUGCACGUGAGAAGGGACUACUUUUUGAUAAAUGGUGUGCUGCAAGUGAGGUUAAAGGUGACUUUGAAUCCCUUCGCCAACUAAUUCUGUUGGAGGACUUUAAGAACACAUUGCCUGAGAGACUGGUGGUUUUCCUGAAUGAGCAAAAGGUGGCCUCUUUAUCUAAAGCAGCCAUUGUUGCUGAUGAGUUUAUGUUGACCCACAAGAAUGUAUUUGUGUCUGUACCUCGUGCAGAUAAAGUUUUGAACAUUCGUCAACAAAAACCUGACCCCACUCAGUCAGAAGCUAAGGCUAAGCAGCAAUCUCUUUCUCCACGUGAGGUAAGGGAGUGUUUUUACUGUCAUAAAAAAGGCCAUGUCAUUGCUGACUGCCUUUCAUUAAAGAGCAAGGCUUUGACAACACAGACAAAAGGUGUUGGGUUGCUUAAAAAUGUGUCAAACUCCAGCAACCAAACUACUAAAAAUGAGAAUGAACUAGAUCCCUGUUUCAUACCUUUUGUUACCCAGGGUCUUGUUUCUUUAACAGGGGAUCCUAAGGAUGGCCGACAAGUCAAAAUCCUGAGGGACACCGGUGGUUCCCAGACGAUCAUUCGGGAGGGUAUUUUGUCUUUGCCUGUCAUGUCAUCUUGUCAGUCCAGAGUAGUUGUUCAAGGUAUUGGAAUGACCUUUGUAUCUGCACCACUGCAUAAUAUCCACCUUGACUCAUCUCUUGUGAGUGGUUUCUGCAGGGUUGCUGUUCUUCCCACCUUGCCCAUAAAGGGGAUUGAUCUCAUUCUAGGGAAUGACUUGGCAGGUGGAAAGGUAUUGCCUGUGCCUGAGGUGUUGGACACUCCUGACACAAGUGUAGUCUUUGAACCAAUGCCUAACAUUUUCCCUGCUUGUGUGGUUACGCGGGCCCAGUCAAAGAAAUACAAUCUUGAUUUGUCUGACUCUUUUCUUGCUACAGAGCAGACUCAAUCAGCCGGAUCGGAGACUGAACUCAACAAAUCUAAAAAUGUAUUUCCUCUUCCAGGACCAGAGAUGAUGAAAUUACCAGCCUCCAGGGAGGAAUUCAUUGCUGCUCAAAAACAGGACAAGACUCUGUUGAAAUGUCAUUCUUCUGUUCUUACCCAGGAGGAAGCCCAGGGGAAGAAGGUGGCAUAUAUGGUUGAUGAUGGUCUCUUGUUGCGACGCUGGGCUGGUGAAAACUUGGAAGACUGGAGUACCGUUUAUCAGGUGGUUGUGCCAACAAGGUAUCGCAUGCAGGUGCUAGCAUUAGCACACGAUCACCCACUGUCGGGGCAUCUGGGUAUAAAUAAAAUGUAUAACAAAGUUCUCAAACACUUCUUUUGGCCAGGUCUCAAAUCUGAUGUUUCACUUUAUUGUCGUACUUGCCAUGUCUGCCAAGUUGCAGGCAAGCCAAACCAGGUUAUACCUCCUGCUCCUUUGUCCCCAAUUCCAGUUGUGGGUGAACCAUUUGGAAGGGUGAUUGUAGAUUGUGUGGGGCCUUUGCCAAAGUCUAGAAGUGGAAACCAGUUCAUUUUGACUAUAAUGUGUGCUUCCACCAGGUUUCCUGAAGCCGUGCCCCUGCGGAGGAUCACAGCUCCCAUGAUUACCAAGGCUCUGGUAAAGUUUUUCUCAGUGUUUGGUCUUCCCAAAGUUGUCCAAACAGACCAGGGCACAAACUUUAUGUCUAGAACCUUUGCCCAGGCACUAAAACAGUUGGGUGUAGAGCAUGUCACCUCAAGCUCUUACCACCCUGAAAGCCAAGGUGCACUUGAAAGGUUUCACCAGACAUUAAAAGCGAUGCUGAGAAAAUACUGUAUGGGUACAGAGAAGGACUGGGAUGAAGGUAUCCCAUUUCUAUUGUUUGCCGUGCGUGGAACAGUGCAGGACACUUUAGGUUGUAGUCCUGCUGGACUUGUGUUUGGACAUGAGGUUAGGGGACCUUUAAAUGUCCUUAAAGACCAACUAAUCUCUUCCUCUCACUCUGUAAAAAGUAUUCCAGAGUAUGUUUCAAAGAUGAGAGAGCGCCUUCAGACAGCUUGUGCACUUGCGCAGAAAGCCUUGGCCUCAAAGCAGGUCAAAAUGAAACGACAUUAUGACCAGAAAGCAGUCACUCGUGAGUUUAACCCUGGUGAUAAGGUUUUGAUUUUGCUGCCCAUCCCUGGCUCUUCUUUGGAAACGAAGUUCUCUGGGCCAUAUGUGGUAGAAAAGAAACUUAGUGAAACAAACUACAUUGUUCAAACUCCUGAUCGCCGCAAGACCAGGCUUUGUCAUGUCAAUAUGAUAAAACUGUAUCAUUCAAGAGAGACCGACCAACCAACCCAGAAUCGGGUUAAACCCAUUUCCCCUGUAACCUGUGUGACAAAGUCAGCUGAGGAGGAUAUGGUAACACGCAAAGAUCCUCCACAAGUUGCAAGGCUUAGUAAUAGUGAAAUACUGGCUAACCUGCCUGACUAUUUGUCACAUUUAUCAGGUGACCAAGUGGAGGACAUCACAAAACUCAUAUCAGACUUCCAAUGUCUGUUUGGGGAUGUUCCUACCAAGACUAAUGUGGUGUCUCAUGACAUUGUUCUCUCCAAUCCUGCACCUAUAAAGCAGAGAGCAUACCGUGUCAAUGCCACAAAGAGGGAGCUCAUGAAAAAGGAAGUGGAGUACCUUGUUAAAAAUGGACUUGCCAUUCAGAGUUGCAGCCCAUGGAGUUCUCCAUGUCUAUUAGACAUGAAGGCUGAUGGAAGUCCAAGGUUCUGCACAGACUUUCGUAAGGUGAAUGCUGUCACAGUCCUUGAUGCACACCCGUUGCCACUCAUUGAAGACUGUAUUGAUGAAAUCGGACCAGCAAAAUUUGUCACUAAACUUGACAUGCUGAAAGGGUAUUGGCAAGUACCUCUAACCCAACAGGCCUCAGAUAUCUCAGCUUUUGUUACACCAGACUGUUUUCUUCAGUACACAGUGAUGCCUUUUGGGCUCUGUAAUGCACCAGCUACAUUUCAAAGGCUUGUAAAUAGAGUACUGGGAGAUGUGUCAAACUGCCGGGUAUAUCUAGAUGACAUUGUGGUAUAUUCAAGUGACUGGUCUACCCAUCUUUCUGUUUUGCUUGAGGUCUUCAAACGUCUUUCAGCUGCAUCACUGACGCUCAAUCUUUCUAAGUGCGAGUUUGGAAAAGGUACCAUUGUCUAUCUGGGUCAACAGGUUGGUGGAGGAAAAGUGUGUCCUGUGGAUGCAAAAGUCAAAGUAAUUUCUGACUUUCCUGUUCCUUCAAGCAGGAGGGAGCUCCGUCGAUUCCUGGGGAUGGCAGGAUUUUACCGUCGCUUUUGUAAAAACUUUUCUACGGUAGCUGCUCCUUUAACAACUUUGACCAGUCCUUCUACACCUUUUAUUUGGUCUGAUGAAUGUCAGCAUGCUUUUGAACAUCUAAAAGGAUUGCUCUCAUGUUCUCCUGUUCUUUCCGCCCCAAAUUUUAGUCUGCCAUUUAAACUGGACAUAGAUGCCAGUGCUGUUGGGGUAGGAGCUGUCCUUCUGCAGGAUGAUAAAGACGGAAUAGAGCAUCCCGUAAGCUACUUCUCAAGGAAGUUUAAUCUUCAUCAAGGAUGUACAAUCAAAAUCAAAGACUUAUGCGGUGGGCUUUGAUCAUUCAGGAGUACAACCUGAAGAUCUGCCAUAAAAAGGGGUCUGAGAAUGUAUUGGCAGAUGCUUUGUCACGUGCUUUUUGAGCUUGUUUUCUUUUACCUGGAGUAUUCCAAACAUUUAUGUUUGGACUUAUAAGGGUGGGGGUGUUACAUGCCUGCAGGCUGUUUGUUUCUCUUUCCCCUCCCCCUUUGUCUCUUCACAGGUAUUAGGGAAAGCUGGUGUCAAUCUCCCUUGAUUGAUCCUCAUCAACCAUGGGCCAAUCAGCAUCCAGGGAGGCCUUAUUUAAGCAGCCCAGCUGGGGAGAGCGAGGCAACUGACUUUGUUACCUGACGCAUGUCUUGUUGCUCUUUGUAUGAAGGUUUGUGGUGGGAGUUAGAGGGUGAGGUAAGUUUGGGGUACCCUGUACAAUUCAUCACGUAGGUGUUUGUUCUGUUAGAUACACUAGGUAAGUAGGUGGGUGCCGCCCAUGUAAAGUUUUGGUGGAAACUUUUGUUAGAUUAGAUAGGCAGGGUUUUUGUUUUCUUUUGUUUCUCUAGCACAGACGGAAGUUAGGCCCUGUUUUGUUUUAUUAUUUUCUUUGAUUUGGCACCACCUAACCACCCCUUUCUCCCCCACAGUUUGUGUGAGCCUUCUGGGAUUUUCAUUAUCAAUAAAUCCCUCCUUUUUUACAACAUUCACUUGGAUUCUGUCAAUUUGUUGUGGCUGUCGUGUUACUGCCCUCCUCACAAAAAGGGG